AUGGGUUGUGGCAUGAGCACUGAGGAUAAGGAGGGGAAGGCGCGGAACGAGGAAAUUGAGAAUCAGCUCAAGCGCGACAAGCUGAUGCAAAGAAAUGAGAUUAAGAUGUUGUUGCUGGGUGCCGGAGAGUCGGGCAAAUCCACCAUUCUCAAGCAGAUGAAGCUCAUUCACGAGGGCGGUUACUCGCGCGACGAGCGCGAAUCGUUCAAGGAGAUCAUCUACAGCAACACCGUUCAGUCGAUGCGGGUCAUCCUCGAGGCGAUGGAGUCGCUCGAAUUGCCUCUGGAGGAUGGGCGCAACGAAUACCAUGUCCAGACCAUUUUCAUGCAGCCCCCGCAGAUUGAGGGCGACAGUAUCCCUCCGGAAGUCGGCAACGCCAUUGGUGCUCUGUGGCGCGACACCGGUGUUCAGGAGUGCUUCAAGCGCUCGCGUGAAUACCAGCUGAAUGACUCGGCCAAAUACUACUUCGAUGCCGUUGACCGCAUCGCCCAACCUGACUAUCUCCCCACUGACCAGGAUGUUCUCCGUUCCCGUGUGAAGACCACUGGUAUCACCGAAACCACUUUCAUCAUCGGCGAUCUGACCUACCGCAUGUUUGACGUUGGUGGCCAGCGUUCCGAGCGGAAGAAGUGGAUUCACUGCUUCGAGAAUGUGACUACCAUUCUUUUCCUCGUUGCCAUCUCCGAGUACGACCAGCUGCUGUUCGAGGAUGAGACCGUCAACCGUAUGCAAGAAGCGCUCACCCUCUUCGACUCGAUCUGCAACUCCCGGUGGUUCGUCAAGACUUCAAUCAUUCUCUUCCUCAACAAGAUCGACCGCUUCAAGGAGAAGCUACCUGUCAGCCCCAUGAAGAACUACUUCCCCGAUUACGAGGGCGGUGCCGACUAUGCCGCUGCCUGCGAUUACAUCCUCAACCGCUUCGUUUCACUCAACCAGGCUGAGCAGAAGCAGAUCUACACUCAUUUCACUUGCGCCACUGACACCACCCAAAUUCGGUUCGUCAUGGCCGCUGUCAACGAUAUCAUCAUCCAAGAGAACCUUCGUCUCUGCGGUUUGAUCUAA